CUAUGGGAAUGGGAAAAUUACGUGCCAUGCAUGCCAUUCUUAUUGUUUGACUUUUCGUAUAAUAGUUAUCGAUAAUUCUUGACGUCUAUUUACAAAUACAAUACAAAUUUGCACAUUGUGUAUAUAUACAUAAGCACAGAUAAAUAGUAAAAUAGUAUAUAAUAGACAGAUAGAUAAGAGGGUGGGGACAUUGUACACUGAACGGCUUUCCUAUUCCUAUUCCUCUCGCUAGUCUCGCUGUGUUUCACCAUUAGAUAUAACCAGUUGCAAAAUUGACAAAAAAUAGAAAAUGGUAAAACGCUCAAGAUGUGCCCGUUUUGUAAAUUUAACCAAAGGCACAACCCCAGAUGAACUAAUACAACAUAUACAGAGAUUUGUCCCUUUAGUAGGUGAUGUCGAAAAGAUUCAUAUAGGUGAGGAUUACUGUUUACAGUUAAUAUUCGCAUAUGUCAUAUUUAAAUGUCAUAAUGAUGCAUCAAGGGUGGUUAGUCGAUUAAACCAGACUAAAUGGAAGAAUCUUUGCCUAAAUGUUGAAAUCAUUGGCCCAUAUCUCGAAUAUACUGGGUAUCAUAGUGAAGAGGAACCUGACAUUCAAGAAGGUCCCGCUAUAAAAAGAAUUAAGAGAGAAAUGGAUUUUAAAAUAAUAGAGGAUAAUUUAAUGGAUUUAUAUCCAAGUUGUCCACCAUGUAGUCCAAAUUAUUUACCAACCAGUCAGUGUUAUUCACCAACCAGUCCAAGUUAUUCACCAACCAGCUUAAGGUAUCCAGCAACCAGUCCAGUUUAUCGACCAUCCAGUCCAAGUUUUUCUCCAAUGAGUCUAAAUUAUACACCAACCAGUCCAAGUUAUUCACCAUGCAGUCCAAGUUAUACACCACGCAGUCCUGCGUAUACACCACCAGCCUAUAAUCCAAGAUUAGAGGAUAAUAUAGAGGAUUUACCUAUAUCCAAGUUAUAGGUCACCUAGUCUAUCAUAUAGUCCAACAUCCCCACAAGGCCAGACACAAUUUCAAUGUAAAUCAAAUCAAAUACAGGAAAGUCAUACUGUAUUUAAAAUUAGACAACAUUUAUAUAAAUAGUCCUGUCGCCAGGCAGGUACAACGGCCUCCUUAAUUCAGAUAUGGACUUACCAAGUUUUUUUUUAUGUAUUUUGACCCGUGGAACACGAAUUUUUUGGGUAACAGUUGAUCCGGAUGUCGAUAAGGUUGUUAUAAACAAAGAACUUGAGGAAACAACGAUUUUUCGCAAAACAAAACAUUUUUUUGUAUUUUUGGGUGAUUCUCAGCAAAAAAGUGUCCUACAAGUUUUUUCGUAGGAUGCAUAGUUUUCGAGAUAAACGUGGUUGAAUCUUCAAAAAAUCGAACAAGUGCAAUUUUUAAACCCGAAUAACUUUUGAUUAAAAAAUAAACUAGCAAUUCUGCUUACCGCAUUUGAAAGUUCAAGUCAAAUCCUAUCGGUUUUGAUUAUUUGCAUUGCUUAAAAUUAUUUUUUUUAUUGUUAAACAAAGCUAUAAACACAUAGUGUUUCCCGUGCCCAAUGCAUGCGUUUUAAUGUACGUAAUCUAGGUAGAAAUUGUCGUAUGCGCGCCUACUUGUUCGACUUCAAAUGAGAAAUGCAUUGAAAACAUCAUUCAACCAGUAUGUGUUUAUAGCUUUGUUUAUUAAUAAAAAAAUUAAUUUUUAGCGAUGAAAAUAAUCAAAACCGAUAGAAUUUGACUUGAACUUUCAAAUGCGGUAAGCAGAAUUGCUAUUUUAUUUUUCAAUCAAAAGAUAUUCGGGUUCAAAAAUUGUAAUUUUUCGAUUUUUUGAAAGUUUAACCGCGUUUAUGUCGAAAACUAUACAUUCUACGAAAAAACUUGUAAAAACAUUUUUUGCUUAGAAUGACCCAAAAAAUACAAAAACAUGUUUUGUUUUACGAAAAAUCGCUGUUAUGUGAUUCCUUAAGUUCUUUGUUUAUAACAAUCUUAUCGACAUCCGGAUCAACUGUUACCCAAAAAAUUCGUGUUCUACUGGUCAAAAUACAUAAAAAAAACUUGAGUAAGUCCAUCUGAAUUAAGGAGGCCGUUGUACCCCCACCACUGGCGGAUCCAGAAAUUUUUUUGGGGGGGGGGUCAUGGGUCUUGAGGGUGAUUUAAUUACUUUUCUCUGAUGCAAGGUCACUUAGUCUUACCAACCCUAGGGUAAGUGGGUUUACAAUUAUAGGGGGGUCAUGACCCGCGUGACACCCCCUGGAUCCGCCAGUGACCCCCCACUGGCGACAGGACUAUAAGUGUUACAUAGUAAUAUCUUUACUGUGUACUGUUUGAUACAUGUAUUUAUUGUGAAUAAAGUAGUGGUGUUCAACUGA